CAGUCUCAUAUGAUCAUCAGAUCAUGUCUUCUCAGUUCUCACCAUAAGUUGUUUUGCAGAUGGAAUUUAUUAUACCAACUUGGGACAAUCAUUGAUCAGAUAGAGUAGAAACAAAAACAUAUGUUAUGUCUGGUUAGGCUGCUCAAAAUCAGAGAAUGAAUGUUUAGGGUUUUAAGUUCUCUGAGAACAUCAUAGGACCUACAGGUUCUACAUCUCUUGUUCACAUCCACACGUCUCUGUGUCUAAAUUUUGUUAUGAGAAUAUUGUGUAAGAAUACCCACAUGGUCAUGUCUUCUCAACUGAUGUUUUGAUCCACAAAUGUUGAGCAACCAGGAUUGGUUACUAACUUUAUGAUCCACAUAGAACAAAAGACGGAAGCAUGUGUAUCUGUCUGGUUUACUUGCUCUAACUGAUAAUAGUUUCUCCCCUUAUAUAAUUGAAUAAGCUAUUGGAUCUUUCAUCGCCCAGAACAUGCAUUCAGAGAGUUAUACAACACAACUUACAAAUCUCUUUCCCUUUCCGAUCAUAAGGAUUUUCGCUAUAAUGAUGAACACAAAGAAGCUACUCAAGAUGGCCAAGAAAUGGCAACAAAGAGCAGCCCUCCACAGGAAAAGAAUCUCAUUCCAAAGAUCAAGUACAUCUACUAGCAGCUCAACGGCUGUAGAAAAGGGUUGUUUUGUGGUCUACACGGCGGAUAAAACCCGCUUUGCUUUUCCGCUAAGUUACCUGAGCAACUCUAUUUUCCGAGAAAUCUUAAAGAUCUCUGAAGAAGAGUUUGGCCUCCCAAGCGAUGGACCAAUCACCUUGCCAUUUGACUCGGUUUUCUUGGAAUAUCUGAUCAAAAUGAUCGAACUACGAAUGGAUGGAGAUACAGAAAGCGCUCUGUUAAUGUCAAUCUCUAGUGCUAGAUGUUCUUUGCCAUGCUCUCUACAACAACUGCUUGUAUUUUAGAGAACUAGUGUGCAGCAUUUUUUUUUGCGUUUGUAAGGAUUCAGUUAUUUUAGAUUAGACAGGUUAUUACAGAUAUACAAACCAUUAUUCUUUU